UUUGAAAAUGAAGUGAACACGGUCGGACAAAUCGCGAACCUAAUUUCCAAGCGCGCCUGUUAUUCCUGAUAUCAUGACAUGCAGCGGUGUUAUUUUGCGCUGUGAAAAGAUUAAAGUAGUGGUAUCAUCUGUUCUGAUUUUCAUUUUAACUAGUUUACAAAUAGGAACGAAUGGUUUUAGGUGCAAUGCACGGACGAAUGGGAAGAAGUGCGAUUCUUCUGACGCUUUUGACUACUUUUAGCGGAUUUAUCAACUCAACAUACGGAACAUGGAAGAGCAGUUUUCAUGCGAAUCGCGUGAAUAACGUGGAGAAACCUUCCUCUCAGCCUCACAUCAUCUUCAUCAUGGUUGAUGACCAAGGCUUUCGAGACGUGGGAUAUCAUGGGUCCGAGAUAAAGACUCCGACACUGGACAGACUGGCUUCAGCCGGAGUGAAACUGGAGAAUUAUUAUGUUCAGCCUCUGUGUAGCCCGUCCAGGAGCCAGCUGAUGACCGGCAGAUAUCAAAUCCACACUGGCCUCCAGCAUUCCAUCAUCCGACCCACUCAGCCGAAUUGCCUCCCUUUGGAGAACAUCACCCUUCCGCAGAAACUGAAGAAUGCUGGGUACUCUACUCAUAUGGUGGGAAAGUGGCACCUUGGGUUUUAUAAGCGAGGUUGUAUGCCUACGCAGCGUGGCUUUGACACCUUCUUUGGCUCUUUGUUGGGUACCGGCGACUACUACAACCAUUACAAAUGUGACGGCCCGAGUAUGUGUGGGUACGAUCUUCACGAGGGUGAAGAAGCUGCCUGGGAGCAGGACCAUGGCAUCUACUCCACCAUUAUGUAUACUCAAAAGGCUGAGAAAAUCCUUGAAUCUCACAAUCCUAAUCAGCCAAUCUUCCUCUACUUGGCGUACCAGGCAGUACACUCUCCCUUACAGGUUCCUGCUCGCUACCUCGAACGCUACAAGUCCAUCCCAAACUUACAUCGUCGUAAAUAUGCUGCAAUGGUCAGCUGCUUGGAUGAGGCUGUACGCAAUCUAACUCUUGCUCUCAAGCAGUAUGGAUAUUAUGACAACAUGGUUAUGGUGUACUCCUCAGAUAAUGGAGGCCAACCAAUGGCAGGAGGCAGCAAUUGGCCACUAAGAGGCAGUAAAGGGUCGUACUGGGAGGGAGGUAUACGGGCGGUAGGGUUCGUACAUAGUCCUUUACUGGUCAAAAAGGGCACUAGAAGCAGGGCUCUCAUUCAUAUUACUGAUUGGUACCCAACACUGGUGAUGCUUGGUGAAGGUACGCUAGAUGAGAACCAGAGUCUUGAUGGCUAUGAUGUCUGGGAAGCCAUCAGUGAGGGACGUCCUUCACCUCGAAUGGAUAUUCUCCACAACAUAGACCCCAUCUACACCAAAGCCAAGAAUGGCUCCUGGAAAGCAGGCUUUGGGAUCUGGAACACGGCCAUUCGGGCGGCUCUCCGUGUCGGUGACUGGAAGCUUCUUACUGGUGUGCCAGGAUAUAGUGACUGGAUCCCACCGCAGACUUUCUCCACCCUGCUGUUGGCCAAUCGUUGGCAAAAUGAGCGUGUGAGCUGGGAUCGAGGCAAGUCUAUAUGGCUCUUCAACAUUACAGCUGAUCCAUAUGAACGAGUGGAUCUUUCCCGACGAUACCCACAUGUGGUGAAGAAGAUGCUAAUCAGGCUUCUACGGUACAACAAGACAGCUGUGCCGUGCCGUUACCCUCCCAAAGAUUAUCGCUCCAAUCCUCAGUAUAAUGGGGGGGUCUGGGGCCCCUGGUACACAGAUGAUGAUGAAGAUGAGGAUGAUAACCUUCUCUUAUAUGAUUUAGAACAGAUGAAGAGUUGGAAGAAAGGAAAACGAAGAGGGAAAUUCAAAAGAAAGACCUGAGGUCUAUAGAUUGUUGGCUCCCAUCUUGACAUUCUUGGUACCGUUAUGAACUCAGGGAUGUAGUCUUUAACUUCCAGAAGUAAUGUAUAGAUUUACCUCCAAUUUCAUGAUCAAGUGUCUUUCUUUUCAUACUUUAAAUAUGUUCUAUCCCAGUUCAAUGUGCAGAGAACUAUGGAGUGUAAACACUGUGGGACUUUCAAAGCUUGCUCUUCUUUGUAAAGUCUGAAAUGUCAAAGUUUGGCUCAAGAAGUUUUGGGUCAGGACAACCAGCGGCAGACUGGAAGAGUGGAAGAAAAGCAUUAGAUCAACUCCGUUUGGUGCGUGCCUCUAAAGCAGGGCUAUUCAAUUAGCUUCAUUCGAGGGCCAGAUUAUUAAAUCGAAAAGUUGAGGUGGGCCGGUGGGUUUAGCUUAUUUAUUGAAACAUUAUUUAUUAUUUAUUGAAACAUAACAGUAUCAAUAAAUACGCUAAAACUAAACCUAAAACAAAAGUAUUGUAUUUACUUGGAAAUGUGGUGCCCAACAGUAUGCAGAUUUAUAAGACCAUAAUAAAUAACUAAUUUAAAGCUGUGUACAAUUUUCCUUGGAACAUAUAUAUGAAUUAUACAAGCUUAUAGCUAUUUGUAAGAAUUAUAUUAUUAUAGGCUUAAAUGAAAAUAUUCUGAGAGUGAGACUUGGU